AUGGCUGAUGGAUCGAAUGCGGUGGCGACCGGGGAGCUGAGCGAACAGCCGGUUAUAUCUAUUCCCAUGGAAAAAACAGAAAGAUGUAACAAUCGACCAACAGCUGAUUGUCAAUGGAAAAUGAAGGCAACAUCCGGGAAAGGAAUUCGAUUGAAAUUUCACGCUUUCCACCUCGAAACAGACAGCUCUUGGUCGGGCUACGAUUAUGUCGAGGUUUAUGAUGGAGGAGAGGCCAAAGAUGAGAAACUUUUUGGACGCUUUUGCUCGGAUACGAUUCCCGACGAGUUGAUCAGCACGGAAAGUGAGAUGCUUUUAGUUUUGCACACAGAUGACAGUGUUGAAGAGAAGGGUUUCGUUGCCGAGUACGCAGAGUGGACACAGGGUGGAAAGAGGCCGAUUGGACGAGUGAAUGAGGCAAUAAAACGCACUGAUAUUCUUAAUAAAGAA